AUGGCUAUCCAACAACUCCUUGUGGUGGCCGUCGCUGCAAUGGCCAUCGUUACUACUGUGGCCCACCCGGUCAAUGUCACCAGCUUCGUGAGAGCAAGGGCGGUGGCUGCAGGGCCUUCCAUCGACCUGUUGAAACCUGACGACGAUGGGGCCAGGAACAUUGCCAACAUUGUUGGUGAUGUGACGGGUGUGAUAACAGGCAUUCCUAUGGGCACCGGCGACGUUCCCGAAGGGGCAGGCGCUGUACCCGGUGAUAUGUACAAUCUACCUAGCGAUGUAUACGACGACCUUGCGGACGAUAUUUACGACCUUCCCGACGAUGGACUGUCUUCCACUCCAACGUAUGAUGACGGAACGCCCUCGAGGACGUCUCCACAAUACGCCAAAUUAACACUCAGAUGUCGGGCGAAAGGGUGUGACAGUGUGGUCAAAGUCUACGACCUCAACAUGCCGGUGCCGACGCACAGCUGUCCGCGGGACGCGCUUGCGGCGCUGGCCAAGUGGCGUCUGUUCUGCGACAGACCGCCCAAGGUCUUCAACAACAUGAUCCAGACAGAACCAAACUGUUGGAGCAGAGCACCUUCGAUCGACAGAUGCUGCGGUGAAUGGGCACAGCGCGACGAUCCCAAAUACCAAAGCUAUCCGUCGCGAUACAUCCCAACGGAGAAAGGGUUCUCAGAUGACACCUACGUCGCGGCCUGGGUGCCGCAGAUGGGGGAUGAUGGAGACCGUCGCGUCGUUAAGCCGGGCUGGCACGAGUACAAUGUGGAGACGGACAAGUGUCAAUUCUGGAGGCCCGAAGACGAACUCGAGUUUGCAUAUUUCAUCAACACGCUGCCAAACUAUGGGAUUUGGGACGUUGACGAGACGGGCAAGAUUUGGGGCCAGACCGCCUACAAUGCCGAGGGCGUGUCUCCGGGGGUGCUGAUACCAGGCUCCGACAGCGAACUGGAUCUAUCCAAGGCCAUGUGA